UUGGUCGGCGGUUCGAACCAGCGCACGUUACGUUUUUAACGGGCGAGCGGAUUAACGGUCGGAAUCGAUAAAAUCGCUGGUUUAUUAGUUGUCAAUCGGAAUCAAAAUCGCGUUGUCUUGGCUAUCGAAGUGAUACAUUUGGCUUGUGGUUGAUGUUUUUAACGAUUUCGGCCUGCCCUGAAAUGCCGUCGGCUUUUGGCCCCUGUGAACUUUUAAGCUGAAGACCCAGAGCCCCAAAACUGAUGUCCACUUUGGCCAGCAGUCGACCGCCCCCGCUCAAGCUGAUUAUUUCCUCCUUGGAGGAGGCAGAGGAACGCCAGGUGGAGGAGGAGAGAAGAGCGGGAGGAGGAGGUGGCCAAGAAGUGGGUGAAAUGCAUCCGGAUUGCUUACCCCUGCCCUUGGCUCAGUCGGGGAACUCCCCGCAAGUCCAGCAGGAGGAGGAGGAGGAGCCGACGGAGUGCGAGGAGCAACUGAACAUAGAGGAUGAGGAGGAGACGGAGGAGGAUCAGCGGGAAAUGGAUUUGGAUCUGGAGGAUCCGGCCAGCUGUUGCAGUGAGUCGAGUGUUUUGAGCGUCGGUCAGGAGCAGUCCCAAGCUGCCCAGGCGGCAUUAUCUGCUCAAGCUCAGGCCCGGCAGAGGCUUUUGAUAAGCCAAAUCUACCGACCGUCGGCUUUCAGCAGCACCACCACUGUUCUACCGCCCGGCGAAGCAACGCCCGAGGAGCUCCUGAACUUACCGCCCUCCACGGGAUCCUUCCAGGAGGAGUUCCUGCGGAAGUCGCAGCUCUACGCCGAGGAGCUGAUGAAGCAGCAGAUGCAUUUGAUGGCCGCCGCCCGAGUAAAUGCCCUCACAGCGGCGGCAGCGGGAAAGCAGCUGCAAAUGGCCAUGGCAGCUGCGGCGGCGGCCACAGUGCCCAGCGGUCAGGAUGCACUGGCUCAGCUGACGGCCACCGCUCUGGGAUUGGGUCCCGGUGGAGCGGUACAUCCCCACCAGCAACUGCUGCUGCAAAGGGACCAGGCCCACCAUCAUCAUAUGCAAAAUCACCUCAACAACAAUGAAAAUCUGCACGAGAGAGCCCUCAAAUUCAGCAUAGACAACAUCCUUAAGGCGGAUUUUGGAUCCAGGUUGCCCAAAAUCGGAGGAUUAAGUGGCCAUAUAGGCGGUGGCAGUGUGAGUGGUGGCAGUACAGGCAGUGGUAAAACAGCUGCAACUACCAAUGGCAACAGAUCUCCCCUCAAGGUGCCCAAGAAAUCAGGAAAACCCUUGAACUUAGCUCAAAGCAACGCCGCUGCCAACUCCAGUUUGAGUUUCUCCAGCUCGCUGGCGAACAUUUGCAGCAAUAGCAAUGAUUCCAACAGCACCGCCACCAGCAGCAGCACCACCAACACCACUGUGGCGCCAGUGGACCUGGUCAAGUCGCCACCACCCGCAGGAGGAGCAGUAACCACGGGAGGAGCGGCCAGCAAGUCCGGCGAGGAAUCAGGCACUCCCAUCGUUUGGCCAGCGUGGGUCUACUGCACCCGCUAUAGUGAUCGUCCCAGUUCUGGUCGAAGUCCACGGGCGCGAAAACCCAAGAAGCCGGCGACGUCCAGUUCAGCGGCGGGCGGAGGGGGCGGGGGCGUCGAGAAGGGGGACUCCACGGACGGGGGCGGGGUGCCCGAGGACAAGAGGCCGCGAACGGCCUUCAGCGGGACACAGCUGGCCAGACUGAAGCACGAGUUCAAUGAGAAUCGAUAUCUGACGGAGAAGCGCCGCCAGCAACUGAGCGGCGAGUUGGGUCUGAAUGAGGCCCAAAUCAAGAUCUGGUUCCAGAACAAGAGGGCCAAGCUGAAAAAGUCGAGCGGGACCAAGAAUCCACUGGCGCUGCAGCUGAUGGCCCAGGGAUUGUACAACCACUCCACGAUACCGCUGACCCGCGAAGAAGAAGAGCUGCAGGAGCUGCAGGAGGCGGCCAGUGCCGCUGCCUCGAAGGAAUCCUGCUAGAGGAAGGGGUCACUAGCAAUAUCUACGAUCUAGUAUUUAUGGAGUAGCGUGUAAGAGUAGGUUAAGCAAUCCUUAACGAUUAAGUUGUACAAUAUUCUAGUCCAGCGCACACGCAACUGAAAAGCAGAAUCGGAAACCGAAUAUAGUAAGUCUCCCGAAGAAUUCCACCCGAAGAAAGCCCGAGAAGAAGCGGUUGCGUGAGCGCUUUGUAUAAUAGAUUCAUAAAUUCACAACUAAAUAAUUUAAUAAACAUUUAAAUUAUA